AUGAAUCUACUCGUCCCAGUCGCCCUGUUGCUUGUUAAUUGGAGCAUUGACACCACUGACCCAGAGGUGCGACAAUUUGUCAGCUACCUCUUUGUUCUGGUGCAUGCGAUCCUUUUCGCUGUGGCGAUUUAUCUGUUUGUCUGCAUUUGGGUGCGCAAUGACACCCGUAUGUUGCAGUUGCGGGACACCCCCUUGAACGAGGUCCAGCAGAUGACGGUAGCAGACUACGACUUUUCCAAGUGGCGCGUUUUGUUUUUUACGAAGUUGUUGUUACCUGUCGCGGUGGGUUACUUCGUGGCGUCACGGUGGGGGACAACCUUCCCACUGCUGCUCCAGUGCGCCGUAAACCCCAGCAUGUUGUGUCGCUUCCCUCUUUUCAAGAUUCACGUGCUGGGCAGACGGGAGGAAGGGGACCUUGUGCGCCCCUGGAAGGAUGAAUCCGUUGUGCCGGAGUGGCUGCAGCAGAUGUGGGAUACGUACCAGACAAACGAGGCGGCCACGGCCUCGACCUCGGGUUCAGCAUCAUCAAGGAACAAGAGACGGAUUUCCUAA